ACGGGUUUCGGGUGUCUGACUUCUGCCUGAGCAGAAAGACGGUCUCCCUGAGUCAAGUGCGGACUGUGCUGUUUUCUACAAAAAUGCUUUUUAAAGUCCGGCCCGCAGCAAAGGAAGACUGCAAAGAAAUAUCGAGAAUGAUAAUGGAGUUGUCAGAUUUUGAAAAAAUGACGGACCAAGUGAAUAUAACUCAUGAAGAACUGGAACGGGACGGUUUCUGCCAAAAUCCUUUCUUUGAAUGCCUCGUUGCUGAAGUGCCGGAGGAGCAUAAAUCUAAAGAAGGAUUCACAGUGGUCGGAUACGCCCUUUACUUUGACAGCUACAGUACAUGGGUGGGGCGGUCAGUGUUUCUGGAGGACCUGUAUGUGAUGGCAGAAUUCAGGGGAAAGGGCAUUGGCAAGGGCUUACUCAGCAAAGUUGCUGAGGUGGGGAAGAAGAAGCAGUGUGUGCGGCUGCAGUUGACUGUGUUGGACUGGAAUACCCCGUCUCGAGACUUCUACGCUGCUAAAGGAGCUCAGGACCUCACCGCCAGCCAAGGCUCGCACCUUCUACGUUUUGAUGGACGAGAUCUGGACAAUUUAGCAAAUGAAGCUCCUGAAGAUUAGACAUUUUCCAAAAGGAAACGUGUCUACUAUGCAUAAAUAUGGUUGUUUAACAUUCAACCUGAAGACAGCGCUAACAUAUGCUUCAGUGAACCCAAUUCCUCACUAGCUUGUCUUUCUCCUAAUUUGACACAAUCUUGUUUCAUAUUAUUCUCAAGGAUUUUUGUAUUUUGAAAUUUGAUUUUAAAUACUUUUUUUUUUCUCAUGAAAAUACCUUUUGAGCAUCAUUUAUUUUGCAGACAUGGAUGCAUCAGGUUCAGCUUUGUCCCUGCAGCGUGGGCAGUCAUAUUGUACAUCAGUGGUCGCCUACCCGUCGAUCGCGAUCGACCGGUCGAUCUCGGAGACGUUCCCUGUCGAUCUCCAAAAUAAAAUGAAAAUAAAUUCAGAAACACAUUGUU